UGCUUGUUUAAGCCUCUGCCAGGUACAUGUGGUGAUAUGCCUGCCGUGAGCGACGUACCAAUCCUUUUGCUUGCAACAGAGGGAUGAAAAUCCCAUCUGCUGCUGCCGCCGCGUUCUUGCCCGGCACUGACGGCGCUCCCGGGUGUAAUCGGGAACUGAACAACCCGGUUCAAAGUGGUGGUAACUAAGAUUUGCGCCAUCCUGCACUCACUACGACUUCAGCCACUUCAGCCUUGUUUCGAGACCGCAAACCCAGGCGCAUUGCAGCAUCAAGACCAUCACCAUGGCGCCCUCCGAUAAGAAGUACGCGUUUGUGUCGAUGGAGGACGAUGGGGCGCCUGCCAAGAAGCGCGCCAAGGUCGACCAGGACGGUUCGCGAUCCCACGGCUCCCGAUCGGAGCGCAAGUCGGAGCGCGACCACGGUGAAGGCAGGACUUCCUCAGGUCGCUCGAGGAGGCAUGAUGACAGGCGCUCCAAGUACGACCGCGACGACGACGACAAACGCUCAAGAUAUGAUCGCGACGACGAUGACAGGCGCUCUAAACACGACCGCGGCGACGAUAGCAGGCGCUUCAAAAACGACCGUGCUGAUGACGACAAGGCGCGACACGACGACAGACGAUCCAAGACCUCCCGCGCCGACGAAGGAAAGGGCAGGACCCUGAUGGACUCGGACAAGGCGCGACAGGAUGCGCUCCCCGACCUGCGCGAGAAGUCGCGUCAGGAAUACCUCAAGAAGCGCGAGGCGGAAAAGCUCGUCCUGCUCCGCAAGCAGGUCGCCGAGGAGACGGCUGAGCUGAGCAGCGGCGCGAGGCUGACCGAGAGGGAAAAGGCCGACUUUGCUAGAAACAGAGAGGUCCUGAGGCUCGCCGAGGAGCGGCUGCGCAUCGACGACCACCGCGAUGGCUACCACAUGCCCGAGGACUACGUGACAGAGAAGGGCAAAAUAGACAGGAAGAAAAAAGAGGACGCGCUAUACAAGCGGUACGUGGAGAAGGACGAGUACGGCCAGGAGAAGUACGUCACCGAGUACGACGAGUGGGAUCGGGAACAGGCCGCCAAGGCAAAGGCGCAAAUCCAGCGAGCCGAGCGGGACGAGGACGGAUACGACUAUGUCAUGGACGAGGACCAGUACGUCCAGUGGACCAUGGACUCCCGCAUGGCCGGCGAGGGCGUGCUCACCGGCGAGCAGCGCUUCCUGCAGGCCCAGGUCGACGCGGAAGAGAAGCGGCAGCUGUCGAUGCAGGAGACCCGGCAGAGCCUACCGAUAUACGCCUACCGCGACGAGUUCCUCGCCGCGCUGGAGCAGUACCAGAUCCUGGUCAUCGUUGGAGAGACGGGCAGCGGCAAGACGACGCAGCUGCCGCAGUACCUCCACGAGGCCGGGUUCACCAAGGACGGCAUGAAGGUCGGCUGCACACAGCCGCGACGUGUGGCGGCCAUGAGCGUUGCGGCCCGUGUGGCCGAUGAGAUGGGGGUCAAGCUGGGAAACGAGGUCGGGUAUUCGAUCCGGUUCGAGGACAAGACCAACGAAAAGACCAUCAUGAAGUACAUGACCGACGGUAUGCUUCUGCGCGAGUUCAUGACGGAACCGGACCUGGCGGGCUACUCGGCCAUCAUGAUCGACGAGGCCCACGAGCGGACGGUUCAUACCGACAUUCUCCUCGCCCUAGUCAAGGAUCUGGCGCGAGAGCGCAAGGAGCUGAAACUACUGAUCUCGUCGGCCACGAUGAAUGCAGAAAAGUUUGCUUCAUACUUUGACGACGCACCCAUCUUCAACAUCCCCGGCAGGAGGUAUCCCGUGGACAUCUACUAUACACCACAACCGGAAGCCAACUACCUCGCGGCCGCCAUCACCACCGUGUUCCAGAUCCACACCACGCAACCCAAAGGCGAUAUCCUGAUCUUCCUCACGGGUCAGGACGAGAUUGAGUCUGCGGAGCAACAGAUAACUGACACAGCCCGCAAGCUGGGGAGUCGCAUCAAGGAGCUGGUCAUCUGCCCAAUCUACGCAAACCUGCCCUCGGAGCUGCAGUCCAAAAUCUUCGAGCCGACGCCCGAGAACGCGCGCAAGGUGGUGUUGGCGACAAACAUCGCCGAGACCAGUCUGACCAUCGACGGCAUCGUUUACGUCAUCGACCCGGGCUACGUCAAGGAGAACGUGCACAACCCUGCCACGGGCAUGUCCAGCUUGGUGGUCGUGCCGUGCUCGAGGGCGUCGGCCAACCAGCGGAGCGGUCGUGCAGGCCGUGUCGGGCCCGGGAAGUGCUUCAGACUCUACACCAAGUACUCGUACAUGAACGAGAUGGACGAGUCGCCCACGCCCGAGAUCCAGCGGACGAACCUCAACGGCGUGGUGCUCCAGCUCAAGUCCCUGGGAGUCGACGACCUGCUCUCGUUCGGGUUCAUGGACCCGCCGGCGACGGAGGCGCUCAUCGGGUCGCUCAACCACCUGUUUGCGCUGCAGGCCUUCAACCACAAGGGCGAGCUCACAAAGGUGGGCCGGCAGAUGGCCGAGUUCCCCAUGGAGCCCAUGUUCGCCAGGACGGUCCUGGCGGCGGACAAGGAGGGGUGCGUGGACGAGGUGCUGUCCAUCGUGGCCAUGCUCGGCGAGGCCUCGGCCCUCUUCUUCCGGCCCAAGGACAAGAAGGUGCACGCAGACGCGGCGCGGGGCCGGUUCACGGUCGAGAAGGGCGGCGACCAACUGACGCUGCUCAACAUCUGGAAUCAGUGGGUCGACAGCGACUUCUCGCCCAUCUGGUCCAAGGAGAACUUUUUGCAGCAGCGCUCCCUCACGCGCGCGCGCGACGUGCGCGAGCAGCUGGCUAAGCUGUGCGAGCGCGUCGAGGUGGCGCCCUCGACGUGCGGCGCCUCCAACAUGCCGCCCAUCCAGCGCGCCAUCACGGCGGGCUUCUUUCUGAACGCGGCGCGCAUGAGCCGCAACGGCGACGGCUACCGCAUGGUCAAGGGCAGCACCACGGUCUACAUGCACCCGAGCUCGGUCCUCAUGGCCGUCGACCCGCCUCCGAGGAUGGUGGUCUACACGGAGCUCGUCGCCACGACCAAGGAGUACAUGCGCUCGUGCAUGCCCAUCGAGCCAAAGUGGCUGGGCGAACUGGCGCCGCACUUUUUCAAGAAGGAGGACCUGGACGCGCUGGCGGAGAAGAAGAUGCCCAAGGACAGGAGGCGCUGAGCAUUCCUGUUGUGUUGGGGUUUCUUGCUUGCUUGUUUAUCUGUCUCUGCCUGCCUGGAUCCAGGAUCCAUGUCUUAUACCCCCCCACUGACGGAGAGAUCGGGAUGAUAUGUGUGUAUUUACUUUACGUGUCCAGCCUGUGAGGUCUAGACCUUGGAAGACCCGAGACGAAUGGAAUAACGAAGUACCACGGAUUCCUCUUUUAAGCCAUAUCAUUGAUAUCUUCGUCACGCAAAUGAACAGGCCUGCUUGGGGCAUUCACUUUUUAUUCAUUACAGAUUUGGACUAGGAAACAUGUAUCCCCCCCGUUGGCAUCCCCCGCGUCAGAGCCUCAACCUUGUCUUGGCGCGCUGUUGUCCCCUCGAGUGGAGCAUCGAUGCCCUAUCCGUCUUAGCAUUGUUGCUUUGAGCGGCCCC